AUGAGCCUCAAGUCGGAUAUCAUCAGUGCCAUGGUCAUCACGUGGGUGUCGGCCUUGCUGGCACUGAUUGCACGUGUCUUUGCGAGGCGCAUGACAAAGGUUCCCUGGUGGUAUGAUGACUACUUGUGUGUCGGUGCCUUUGUUGUUGGUAUUGGAUACAAUGUUGUGAUGAUAUACUGGGCCUUGACAUGGUACCUUGGCACAACUAUCCCCGACUCUGUCAGCGAUGAACGAUACGAGGAGAUCAACCUCCACGCGCGACUAAUGCAGUUCCUCAUCUCCCUCACCUACUCAUACUCGAUCGGUCUCUCGAAGCUGUCUAUUCUCCUCUUCUACUGGCGCAUCUUCAAACAAUCAGCUAUUCGAAUCCCCAUCCAGGUUAUGCUUGGCAUCAGCGGCGCUUGGCUCAUCCUCCGUACAUUCAUGGUCAUCUUCCAUUGCAUACCGGUUCAAGCCUAUUGGGACAAGUCAAUCGAGAACGCUGUUUGCAAGAUCAACGAUUCACAGUUCUUCUUCGCCACCUGCCUUACUCACUUCAUUCUUGAUGUUGUUAUCUUGGCGCUGCCGGUUAUUGAAGUGUUUAAGUUACGACUUCGUCUGGGACAAAAGAUUGCUAUCACUGCCCUGUUUGCCCUUGGUUUCAUUGUCUGUCUAGCAUCCGUCUUUGUCAUCGUCACAGCCCUCCAAUAUGACCCUGCUUCGAGGCAAAUGCCCCGCGAUGUCGCCACAAACGACAUGUGGGGAGGUGUUGAAAUCAACGUCGCCAUCGUCUCCGGCUGCUUCCCCCUCCUCCGCCCAAUCUUUACCAAGAUUCUCCCCAAGAGAUUCCUCAGCUCUGCUGGGAGCAGUCAUCCCAUCAGCCGCACCACUCACGGCAUUCGCCUCACUACCAUCAACCGUACCAACAAGGACAAAGAAGAAGACGAGACAAGCUCAACUCAUCAACUUGCAGACCCAGAGCAAAGGAUCCCCGGGGAGUUUGAGAUUAUCGAUGGAAAGGAAGGACCUCGGACUUUCAUCUCCAGUCGAACUACCGAGUCGCUUCAUUCGAGGGAGCAGGAUAUGGCGGGGAUUUAUGUGCGGAAUGAUGUUGUUCAGGAGAUGGGACAUGCUCAUCCCCACCUCAAGUUCGCUGAAGCUUUUGAGAUGAACACACCAUCAUCUUUGGCCUGCCCCAACUUCAAACCUUCCUUCAAUCUCUCAAAUGCCUCAAGCGGGAGAGGGAAGGCAGUCUGGGCGACUGUCUCGCUUGCCGCCGAUGUUCAACUUACCCCUUCGACAUCGUCACUGCCUUCCGCUUUAGCGUUGUUCGAGUCACCUUUCGAGGGGAUGAGACCAAGACUUCUCUUCUUCUUCCAACAUCUCAUCAAAAAUCAAAAGCUUCUAUUCUUUUCAAGUACCGCUACCUCCAUUCAAAAUAUCAUGUCGAUGUCUGAUGCCACGGCGACGAAUGCAGUCGAAGACGCAGCUGCUAUGCCUAACACGGCGAACAACGACGCCACUUCAUACAUUUUCGAAAUUUCCCAAUACCGAAAAACGCACGAAUUCUCUGCUCGUACCCCCUUGGAAUUACACGUGCCUAAGACUGGCCUGACACUACUCCGUGACAAAGGUUCAACUGACGCCAGGCUUAUCGUGCGGGUUGACGUGGACACUGACGACGGGCGGACAUAUCGAUGGAACGUCAACUUUUCCGACGGGGGUCCGUUCAAAGCAUUCAACCGUGACGGAGAUUACGAACCCCCCAGAGGCUUGCGCGCCGCAGCAUUUGUGCAUGCGUUUGGUGUCGCAAUCACCUCGAUCGUCGACUUCACCAACUAUAGCCAUAAUCAGAAGCCCUCAAUCUCGCAUGUCUACGUUCGCUUCCCUCGGGUUUGGAAGUCCAAGCAUUCGCUCCGCCAGAUUUUGUCCGAUGUGCAGCAAGGCAAAGCCUGUCCACCGUCUUCACCGCAAUGGGCCAAAAACAUGAUUUUCAAAUUAAACGAACAUGAUGGGCCUGUUUGCUCAAACGCAGUGACGCACGCCCGGUCACUGGACUCAGGCAUAGCACACAUUCCUCAACUGCAGUCCGAAAAUGUCAGACUUCCGCACGCGCAUACCUUGCAGAGAGAUCAACUCUCUCAAUUGGAGACGGAAAAGAACGAGCAAGGCGAGCUCUUCUGGGUCGUUGGUGUCUCGAGCCAUUUUGCACGUGAUGUGCGAGAACUUCUGAUCACGAAGGGGGUUCUACGACAGAGUGAGAGACCGCGCGGAUUUGCGGCAAUAAAUAGACCAAAGGCCCAUGGAGAUUCAUUGCCUGAAGUAGUUGAUCUCACUGGGGAUGAUCCGGAUGAAGAGACUCCUCAGGCUCUCGGGAGCCCAAACACGGCAGACGCCACCGGAUCAGGCCAACAUCUUCCUGACAAGGAAAAAACACCAGCCUACGUUCCUGACUCAGUACCUAACAAUGAAAAUAGUCCUGAGAAAACACCACGGGACGCUGUUACACGAAUCGCAGAACAAGAUGACGGAGCUGAACAAAGGCCAGCCGAAACAUGCAACAGCGCGGCCGGCCAAGGAGACCGACCGACAGCGAGUAUCCCGAUAUCUAUGCUACUCGGGGAGGCUCUAGUUUGA